CACAAUACAGUUUGCAUAGAUUAAUUAAACAAGACAAGUAUAAGUCUCCAAUUUUGGCUUAAAUCCACCAUAAGAACCAUAAAGAGAUUUUCCACCAGUCAAUUCAAGGAGCAACAGAAAAGAUUGAAGUUCAGAAACUCGCAGGAAAAAAGAAGAAGAAGGUUGAAUGGGUUGCUGCAACUCAAAGAAAGAGAGAGCCAAAGUUGGCCAAAAUGCCAAACCAGAAUCUGGGUUGGAGCAUCCUGCUGUUCUUGCUUCCAAAACCCCCUUUUCUGUGAGUGAGGUGGAGUCUUUGUAUGAGCUGUUUAAGAAACUCAGCAGUUCUGUAGUUAAAGAUGGCUUUAUACACAAGGAAGAACUCCAGCUUGCACUUUUGCAAAAUAGCAGUAAAAACCUCUUCUUGGACAGGGUAUUUGAUCUUUUCGACGUCAAUAACAAUGGUCAUAUAGAGUUUGAAGAAUUUGUUCAAACAUUGAGUGUUUUCCACCCAAAAACUCCUGAUGCAGUCAAAAUUACAUAUGCUUUUAAGUUGUAUGAUUUGAGGCACACUGGUUACAUCGAGCGUGAGGAGUUGAAGGAGAUGGUGCUUGCUCUUUUGAACGAAUCUGAUUUGAUUCUUUCAGAUGAUAUUGUUGAAAUGAUUGUGGAGAAGACGUUCACGGAAGCAGAUAGAAAAGCAGAUGGCAGGAUUGACAAAGAAGAGUGGAAGGAAUACGUAGUAGAUAAUCCUUCUCUAUUGAAAAAUAUGACUCUUCCAUACUUGAUGUAUGUUGUCCUACAUUCUGCAAACCUUGUAUGGUGUUUGGAAAUACACAGCUGAGCAAGUCCUGCAUUUUUUAGAUCAUCCCCGUUUCGUAUUGCACUGCAAGCAUCUGGAUUUAGAAUGCAGAUUCACUGGCCUUCAAGUUUUUCGAAAAGUUUAGAAUUGUCAUCUCCUUUUCUGUUUGCAGGUGUGAUUUUCUUUGGAUUUUAGUUUUGAUAUUUCCAUAUGCACUUUCAGGGACAUAUCUCUAGCAUUUCCCAGCUUUGUGCUGAACUCUAAAGCAUAAAAUAUCCGAAUUAUAGACAUGAAGCCAGAAAUAUUGCAGCAUGGAAUAUAGAAUAUGGAGAAGCAUGCACUAUCCUGUUUGGAAAAGUCUUGCCGACAAAAGAUGAAAGAGGAUGCUCAUCACAGUAAAACAGGCCAAAUGUACAGUGUAAAUAUAGCUUCACUGCUUGAGAGCUUGUAUACUGAUAGACCACCAUGGACACGGAGAUUCUAAUUCUAUAUAUCUUAGUUGUUCAUAUUUUGGUUGAAUUUCACUGAUUUGUAAGGUCAAAACCAAAAUGUUCUCAAAUGUAUAGCAUCAUAAAUACUGCAAAUUCUAGACAAGUAUCA